AUGGCCCUCAAGCCUCUGCUUCUAUGGACACUCAUACUCACUUUAUCGGUCACCGUCACCGCCACAUCCUUCAACCUCUCGAGCGAGAUUACAAGAUUCAUUCCGACUCCCUGCACCAUCGACUUCCGCGGUGGUCUAUCCCACUUCCACGACGAGGCACCUCACAACGACCUCCAUCCCGACAACGCUGAUCACGGCAACGGGCACUGUCUCUGUACCAAGCCCAUCGUUCUCUACCAUUACAAGGUCGAACACUUUGCUUCAGUAACUGCCGUCCCCGGCGCCGAAGAAUCCAACUCAGGCUCCUCGGAGCGACUCGGAACGGCACAGGUGGCAGGUCUAGCGGUUGGUAUUGCAGCAGCCGUGGGCAUUGCGAUCCUCGCGAUCUGCCUUGCUCGUCGCAAGCGCCGGAGAGACUAUCCAGAUGUCAAGACUGGCUUCUUCCCCGUGCGUGAGAAGGACUCCUGGGAGUUCCAUCCACAAGAGGGACCGGCGAACAUCUUUCACAUCUCCCCGCCCCUGCACCAUGCCCGAUCGCCAUCGCCGCCACUUCAACCGCCCCCGGCGGCUCGUACCCGCACGAGUGCCCGUACAAGUUGGUGGCCUGGGGCCAUUGGCCUCGCCAUCUCCAGACCACAGAGCACAGGCACGCCGAAGUUGCCGCAACAGCAACAGGCACGCCCGACGUCCCGUCUCCUUCCCGCUAAGCCGUCUCUAUCAUCCCCCAAGCCGGUUCUGUCCAUCAAGAUCCCCAAGAUCGACCUGUAUUCCUCUUCCCCUCCCCAGCCUCAGGAGCAAAAAGGUCCUUCACAGCAGACAAACUCCCAGAUUCUAAACGAGAGGACAGCCAAGCUUACGGCUCCGCCGCGUACGCACUACAACCUCCCUCGCGAGAGCACGAUGACCGAGUUUGAGGAAGAUGGCGCACUCACAUCCGCACCCGUCACAUCAGCCCGCUCCCAGCGAUCGAACAAUAUCUGGCGCCCCCCGUCAGUGGCGACCGGCAAAACACCGCAGUCGGCGACGACGUACUAUGUUGCCGACAAGAAUGGCAACUGGGUGCUGGGCGACCCCAAGAGCGCCACUCAUAUGGCUCAGCUCGCCGAGCUCGAUGCCUCGGGUGCAAGCGCGGGUGGUGGAGCGAAGUCAAAGCCCUCGUACGCAGAGUCCGCCAUGCUUGCGGCGACAGCUUCGAAGGCGGGCAUUGGUCAUGGAGCCGGGAGCCCAAUCGCUCCCACGGCUCCCCGGAUGCCGAUGCCUCCUGCGCCGGUGCUUCUGCCUGCAGCAGAGAUCGUUCCCUCCAACCUCUCUGCCCCGCACCAGUCUCGCUCCUCGAGCGUCUACUCCCAAAAUACCACCCGCCCCAACACCACUUUCCAACCAGGCGUUCCUCUGCCAAAUGGCGCCUCUCACCCCGUGCCGAGCAUGUCCUUCUCCCACCCAGAGCCCCCUCGCCGUCGAAGCAAUUCCCUCGGGCGCCGCAGCUCGUCAAAGUCUAAGCAACCACCUGCAGUCGCUUCGUCGGUUCCGGUUCCCUCAGCCACCGCUGCUACACCGCAAGUGAAGGCUCCCCAACGCUCCGACAGCCACGACUCCCACGUUUCUCAAGCGUCAGUGACGACAAUCGCCUCAUCCGCGGCAACAGAUCCCGAUCCCAUCUUGGAGCAAAGCAAUCUCUCUCCCGUCGUUGAGUCACCAGCCUCAAACACGUCCCCUACAGGCCGCUCGCCAGUCUCAUACCCCGUGAUUCCGGGCCGCACGUCCUCAAAGCCCGGCAACAACCUCCGGCUUCUUGCCCCUCCCACACGGCAGUUCGCUGCCCUUCCACCGGGUCAACCCAGCCCCACGCUCGGCAUGCUACAGCAACAACAGCAGCAGCAGCACGCCCGCGGACCGUACAUGGCAAGCUACGACGUCCCUCGCAAGCCCAUCGCCCGGCCGCGCCCCAGCGCAGAUCCGAACAGGAUCGCCACCGGCUCGCCCUCCCUCCGCCUCGUCACCCCCUCUCCCCCAUCAGACACGGAGAGAGACCAGUCUUCUAGACCUCCGCAGAUGAAGCCUCUCUACCCUCCCCCUCUCCAGCCCCAGCGCCCCCGUCUCGAACGUGGCGACGCCCACCCCCAGGCACAAACGGCACAGGUGCAGCAGAUGCCCCCCAACGUCGAACCGCAAUCAGCAUCCGUCUACAAAGCUCUCUGGGGAGACGCUCCCCGUCCACUUCCCGUCCCUCCCCAUCAGAACCACCCGCAACCUCCGCCCCGAAGCCACCGCCGCAUCUCUCAGCAGCAGCAGCAGCAACAGCAACAACCAAACCGCCAGUCCUUCCGACAGCGAGCCUCACGCCAAUCCCUCCAGAACCUACCCCAGCAAUCACCGCCUCCUAAACAGCCCCUCCCCGCCCGCCCUUCCGCCUCCCCCUCUCCGUCGCCACAUCACAUCGCAACCCAGACCCUCACCGCGCCCCUCCGCCCAGCCUCGGAGGCAGCCUCCGUUGCGACCCCCCUGUCGACGACGUCCUCCCUCCUCUCCAAGCGCCUCGGCACAGAACGCGCCGCCGCCCUCGCGCCCCUCCAGCACAACGCCAACGGCGGCACGCGACACAGCCCCAACUGGCGACCCUACCGCCCGGGUGCGGGAGGCGACAUGCUCUUCUCCCCCGAUGAGUUCUUCCCCGCGCCCCCCAUCCCGGGCGGCGGAGAUGAGAACAGGGGCGGCGGCGGACUGCCCGCGACGCCGACCUGGCAGCCCAAGCUGACGCCCACGAGACGGGGCGAUGAUCUGUUCUUGAACGUACAGUAA